UCAAUGUAAAAAUAGAUUAUUUUCUAUUUCAUAUUGUUUUCAUUUUCGUAUUCUGUAAUUAAUUAAUUAAUAUGUUAUAAAAUCUUAUUAUAAAAAUGAAGCACUCGUUGGUAUGAAUGCAACCUCAGUUAACACUAUGGACGAUACUGAGAGCACAACUUCUGCCGAUGAGAAUACAGGCAAUUUAUGUGACAAUCCAACUCGAGACACCCUUGCUGAAGGUUUAUUGGGCUUGCUAAAACCUACUGUUGAUCAGCUUGACGACAGAGUAAGGGCCACCAGAAUAUCUCAAUUAGAAUUGAAACAGCAGAUAGACUCACUGAAUGAGGAGUUGCAGAAAGUGCGUGAGGCAGUGAACAAUCACCCUGAUUUAGAUCCUUAUGUGAAGAAAUUGAUUGCAUGCAAGCACAAAGUGACUGUAGUCCUUAAUGUAUUACAAGCCUCACAGGAUAGACUAAAUGAAAUAAGACGCUCAAUCAAUAAAGACAAAGGCGUUCGCACAGCUGUUUUACCAGAAACCCAAGAACCCCAAGAACCAGAACAAAGUACCAGUGGUCUGGUGCCACAAGAUGACAGCAUCAACUAA